AUGGUCGAAGGAUACAAUCACAGUCUCGAUAAGCCGUGGGUCAAGAGCAGCUGGAAGAGCAGAGCGAACAAGAGGCAGAUGCGGGCAAUCAUCCGACCGUGGGUCAACAACGCGACGUAUGCUACGUUGGCACGCGCCAAGAAGGACACUCUUGCGGACACCAUUGUCAAAUUGAGGAUCAAGAUACUGCAUAUGGUUUUGAUGGGCGAGACGCUAGCUUACGGAGACGAUGCGCCACUCAAAACUGCUGAUGAUGACGACGAAGACGAAAUUGACGAUGACGACGAGGUUGACGAUGACGACGAGGUUGACGAUGACGACGAAAUUGAAGAAGCCCAACUCGAGGAUGAGGCUACGUACGAUGUGGAAAAGGAGGACCAGGAAGUGGCAGACGAGCAAGUGAAUAAUGCGCGAGUGGAAUAUGACCGUACUGAGCCGGUCGAGCCCACACCGAGCAACGACAAGCAACCCAUCGCGCCACUUUCCUUGAAGGAUGCAGAUAGGGAGCUCCAGGCUAUGAAAUACCGCGCCGAGCUCGAGCUGAAACGACCAGUACAUCAAGGGGCAACAUCCCAGCCCCCACAAUCGGUUGACGAUGAUUGGUCUGACUCUGCGAGGAAUCCGGUGUUCGGGAGAAACGCACAAGACGCUGCUAACUCAGCGUUGUACUGGAUAGAAGCAGUGCCGAGGUUGAAGAAGAGAGGAGGGUUUAGCUGGGACUCUGUGGUUGGUGCUCGGGGCUAUUAUCGAGACGCGAGGCAUUUGCUAGAGGAGGGAGUCUGCGAGGCGUUAAGGGGAGGAGUCAAGGAUCCUGAGAGGGUGGCAAAGAGACUAGUGGAGAAGUACUUUGGGUUUUGA